AUGGAAGUAUUCCCCGUCCCUGGCUCAGCCGCACAAUUACAACUUGUUCCCGCUGGACGCGCAUAUGGACAACAAACUUAUGAGCCAGUGCACAAAUGCUACCCCUGCGGGCACGUUCAUUCUUGCCAAGAUUGCAAUCGUGUAUUACUUUUUCGUCAAGCCUUAGGGCCACAAGAAACGAAAUUCUUUGAACCAAUGAUCCUAAGCAAUUCCAAAUCUAUUGGUAGAAAAUAUCGAAGGAUGGAAAUUGAACCCUAUUUUCGCAGAAACGUACCCAAAAACGUGGGAAUUUCGCAAGAUGAGAUUCUAGAGCGCACUCUUGCUAAUCCAAGCCUCAGCAUUAUAGAAAUUGUUAACCAGAUUGCUGUUGAGAAUGAUGAAGCCCGUGAGAGGGCCUUGUUAGCAGGUGAUUCUAUGUAUCAUAGUAUGAGGCAAAAUAAAUAUCAGGAUGAGACAAAUAUUCAGGAAGAAGGUCCAAGUAUUUUAGCACAGCAGGGUAUGCCAUCAGCGCUUACCGAAAUUGCUGUGCAACCUUCACAAAAUAUACAUGUUAAUCAGACUAGUGAGGUAGCGACGACUUCCUCGUCAGCUCAACAAUCCACUACCCAAGAACCAGCUGUCAGUUCUCAGACGCCUUCUAUGACACAAUCGACCGCAUCUGGUGCUCAAUUUACACUUAUCGAUCCUUCAUUAGGUUUUAAAAAGGCAACUAUUAAGUAUGCUUUGCCUAAAAAACCUGACACUGGUUAUAAGCCACGGCCUAAUCCU